AUGGCUUCAGCAAACAAGAUCAUGGAGCUCUCCAUGCUCAUCGCGAGCAAAACAGCAAUAGUCAAUGACUUUCUCACCAGCAACAAGUCGCCCACCCCGUCGCUGGACGCGGACGCCCUCCAGUCCAUACCAAUUCCGGACGAGGCCACGGAAAUCAAGGCGGCAAGACUCUCGGUAAUCGAGGUAUGCUCGGAGCUGGAGGCGCUGAUGACUGGUCCCAAGGAGCUCGUAAGAUUCAAGUAUACCGCGUGGGUCAGUGUGAAAGCUAUCAUCCGCUUAAAGCUUGAUAGGUCUUUCCCUGUGGGACAGUCUACUUCUUUCGAGGCCAUGUCCGAGUUCUCGGGUCUGAGCGUGAUGAACGUUCGACGCAUUGUCAGGCACGCCAUCAUCAAUCAUCACUUCUUCCAGGAGAACACACCUGGUGUCAUCACGCACUCGGCGCUGACGGUAAUUUUGGCCCGUGACGAACUGAUGUGGAACUCUCUCAUCGUAGAGAUGGACGAAUUCUGGCCGGCAGCAGUCAAGACGGCUGAUGCCUUGGAGAAAUGGCCCAACUCGGAAGAGAACAAUGAAACUGGAUUCUCUCUGGCCAACAACAGCCACAAAAGCAUGUUCGAUAUAUUUGUUGAAGAGCCUGAACGUGGUGACAGGUUCGGCCUGUACUUCUCGAAGCCUGACGAGGCGCGCCAUGGGCUUCUCGAUGACUAUUCCUGGGCGGACAAGACAACAAUGGUAGACGUCGGAGGCUCGCACGGCAGUGUUCCUAUCAGCGUCGCUGAACGAUUCCCGAACAUGAAAUGUCUCGUACAGGAUCUCCCAGACACAGUGGCGGAAGGAGCUCUGCGGCUGCCCGUUGGACUUCGCGAUCGGAUCACCUUCAUGGCCCAUGACUUCUUCACCGAGCAGACACUCAGCGCAGAUGUGUACUAUUUCCGAUCCAUCUUCCACAACUGGGGCGACAAGCACUGCGUCAAGAUUCUGCAGAACCUCAUACCUGCUCUGCGACCGGGUGCCAGAAUUAUAAUCCACGAACGCAUCAGGCCAGGUCUCGAGAACCUGAACACGACAGAGGCCCGAAAAGCCAUCAACCUGGAUAUAGCCAUGCUGCAGCUCUUGAACUCACAGGAGCGCGAGAUGCACGAGUGGCCCAAACUGUUCCGUCAGGCAGAUUCUCGCUUUCGCUAUUUGGGGGCCCGCCAGCUUGCCGGCGACGCCCGCUGGAUCAUCGAAGCCGAAUGGCAAGGAUAA